UAUAUAUAUAUAUCCCAAGUACCUGAAAUGGGAUGAGCACAUGUUAGCAAACUUUGCUGCCCUCACUCUUCCCACCUUGAAAGUUUUUUCAUCAUUUUUCCUCACACAACACACACUACCCUCAACAAAUUCAAAUGCCAUCCGUCCAUUCCAGCCCAUUCCACGGCAUGGAAAACCCCGCCUUACUCUCCCUCCUCCACCACACCACCCGCCACACCUCUGCCAAGAAACCAUCAAUCCACCGGCACGGCAGCGGCGGCGGUGGCGGCCUUCUCCGCAUGUUCAAACUCCUCCCCAUGCUGACCACCGGAUGCAAGAUGGUUGCCCUGCUAGGCGCCCGCCACCGCAAACCCCUUCUCACCGACAAGGCCACCACCGGAACCCUCUUCGGGUACAGAAAAGGACGCCUCAGCCUGGCCAUACAAGAGGACCCCCAUCGCCUGCCGGUGUUCGUGAUCGAACUCCCCAUGCUGACCAGCGCGCUCCACAGGGAAAUGGCGUCGGAUGUGCUGCGGAUCGCCCUGGAAACCGACACCAAAACUCACAAGAAGAAGCUCCUGGAGGAGUUCUUGUGGGCUGUUUACUGCAAUGGGAGGAAGAUGGGGUACUCCAUCAGGCGGAAGAAUAUGACGGACGAUGAAGUUCACGUUAUGCAGCUGCUGAGGGGAGUGUCGAUGGGCGCCGGAGUGUUGCCGGGACCGUCGUCGGAGAAGGAAACAGGCGACGGAGAGUUGACGUAUAUAAGGGCCAGAUUUGAUAGGGUUGUGGGAUCCAAGGAUUCGGAGUCGUUGUACAUGAUCAAUCCUGACGUCGCCUCAGCUCAAGAACUUAGCAUCUUCUUUCUAAGAGUCCGCUGAGACUUCAUUAUUCCCCAAAAAUUCUUACUUCACCUUUGAUCCAGCCUAAUCAAUUAUAUAAUUAACAAAUAUGAUAUAUUUCUUAUGUUAUUAAUUAUUCUUUUUAAAUUAUAUAUUCACUAAUCAUACACAAAAUAUUUUAUAUUUGUCAUAUUAUUUAGUUUAACUUCGAUCAAACUUGACGUGGACUAAAAUUUCAAUCGAAUCUAAUUUUUUUUAUCAGGGACUGCAAUAUAACGCUGAGUUAUAACAAAUUCUGAAAUAUUUAUGAUGUAUUUGGGGUCCAUGGUGGAUAUUUCACCUAUAUAAGACAUAGAUUUUGUUGUU